AUGCCGUACAUAAUUGACGACAACAGGGGCUGGAGAUGGGCGUACGAGUUCGUCGACAGGGAGGCACUCAACCAGGAGCUAGGGUCGAUCGUCGCCAAGGAAGGGAAGUGCGUGGUGUUCCCGAACAUCUACCAGUACCGCGUGCAGCCAUUCGAGCUCGCGGACAAGACGAAGCCGGGAUGUAGGAAGAUCUUGUGCUUCUUCCUUGUCGACCCUUUCACGAAGAAGCUGCCGAGGGAGUUGUUCGAUAUUAUGGCAGACUAUGCACUCAUGGGAACGAUCACAAAGGAGGAUGCCCAUUGCCGAAACGGAUAG